CUUUGAAUGUAAACGUCAUUUUGAAACACUGCCCAUUUUUUUUUGUACUUUUUUUUUGUAAGUUUUGUGAAGCUGAUAUUUAUAAUAUGGCCAAUUACGAGAUGAUAUGCAAACACAGGACGGUGUUCACGCCGGAGGAAAUCCUGGAAAUGGAGCUGGACGAAGAAAAGGAAUUGUCCGCCAUCAAAAGGGAAUACACGCUUAUGAACAGGGACCAUUGGAACCUGCUCAUGGGAACCGAUCCCAAAAUGAUAAAGUUUAAGGGAGUUUUAAAUAUUCUCAAGAAAGAAAAAAUGAACGUGUCGUCCGAUCUGGAUAUUGCCAUGUCCACUUCCAAAGUGCGGGGAGAUCGCGAAAUCGAAAAGACAAUAAAAACCAUGGUCCAAGAAAACAAAAUACUCCACGGAAAAAUCAAACAGCGUCUCACAGACAUCCGCGAGACCGAAGAUCAAAUACGUAGGAUCGGUAGAGACGUUCAGCGACUUCGUAAUAGUCGGUUGACCGAUUUUUUGUUCCAACAAAAGAACAUGGAGAGCUUGAGGACAGUGGAAAAGCUGGAAAAUCGGUUAGAUUGUCAACAAAAGAAGAUUGGUGUAAUAACUGCAGAAAAUCUGAAACUCAGAGAACAAAUAGAUCACCUUCUGAACGAGAGAGCCUCUUUUAACAUCAAAUGGGAGCAUCAGAUAAUGAGCAUGUUUAGAAGGAAAAAAUGCCUGCUGGAUCUGUUUCAACAGGCAACCGUGGCAUACGACAAGAGAGGCGAAUGGGUAGCAAGUUUGGACGCGCUGCGGCAUAAGGUUUACAAUGAUCUUCAAAUUAAUCGCGAGGAGAUGACCAAGCUGCAGUAUCUGUUGGACGACAACAACAAACUCUCCAAUUUCAUCGAAACGAAACAACAAAUGCGAAGAAUGUUAGACUUGGAACAAAUAGCAGCGAGCAAGAAGCGGGAAAAAUUUGGAAAGAUGACGAUACAGAGGUCUUUAUAUUCCACAAUUAUUUCGGACAUCCAGGACCUCACAGGACAGACUGACAUCAAUUCGAUAACGGUCUGCUUCGCGAAACAACAGACCAUAAACGAUUCGCAAUUCACUCUCAUCUCUCACAUGAAUAUCGAAAUUGAAGAGAUCGGCAAGACACUGACGACCCUAUCGACGGAGAUAGAGAAGCGCCAGCAGAUUCGCGACAGCAUGGCCGAGUUACAAAAAAGCAAAUUCGAAAAACUGGCGUCUACUGCGGAACAGCUGGAGGAAGAAAUCGCUCAGCAAAUGGAAGAGAUACAAAGGAAAGACGGAUGUCUCGGCGAAAUCUUCAACGGCAUCGCCAGAUUAUUUGGUAUGUGUAAAUGCGACAAUUCGCCCUUUUUGGCGCUGCUGGGCGAAAACUCGUCCAUCAAUGGCUACAACGUCCUGCUGCAUCUCGAGGCGAUCCAGGCAAAAUUGUACGAAAUGGUCCUGCAGGCUAUCUUCAAACAAAAGAUGGAGAAGAGACAUCAUGGGGCGGACGGAUGGGUCAUUCAACCCGAUAAGCAUUAUCCACCGCCUUUAGAUCUGUCCGAAAUUGUCGAUGAGAACCCCUGUCCACUGUGCGUCGAACAAGAAAUGGUCAGCGACGUUAUCGACAUCCUACAAUUCGCCCAGACGAAGGAGGAGGUCGCACAAUUUUUAGAACAACGGUUGCAGUUACCAGAUGGCAUGGACAGGUUGCAUUCUGUAUCGAACUGCAAUCUACCCAAGUCAAGAGAAAUAGUCCAGAAACGAUACCAGUGAAUUUAAGAGUUUAUUAAGUUGUUAUUGUGGCCAUUUUAUGCCUUAAUA